CGCCAAACUUUUUUCUUAAUCAAAUCGCCUUAUAGUUGCUAUCUUUUGGCCCAUCCAACUAUUGAAUUGCUUCGAGAUUUAGACAAAACACAAUAAAAAUUCACCGGAUCUAAAUCGCCAAAAAAAGAAUAAAAAUAAAAAAUGGGAAGGAUAAAGAAGAAGGGUGAGGCGGGAAACGCCAAAAACUAUAUCACCAGAACCCAAGCUGUAAAGAAGCUCCAGAUCAGUCUCCCAGAUUUUCGAAAGCUAUGCAUCUGGAAAGGAAUAUUCCCCCGAGAGCCGAGAAGCAGAAAGAAGGUUUCCAAAAGUUCGACGGCCUCUACCACCUUCUACUAUGCCAAGGACAUCCAAUACCUUUUGCACGAACCUUUAUUACAGAAGUUCAGAGAGCAGAAAGCUCUUGAAAAGAAGAUCUCAAGGGCGCUUGGCCGUGGCGACGUUAGCGACGCAAGUCGACUUGAGCGCAAUGCCUCAAGGCCUGAGAAGACUGGCAAACCACGAUAUACUCUCGACCAUGUUAUUCGAGAACGAUACCCGACUUUCGUUGAUGCCGUGCGCGAUCUUGACGACUGUCUCUCCAUGCUCUUCCUUUUUGCAAAUCUCCCAUCCACAUCCACUGUCCCAGCCAAGAUGAUCGCGCGCUGUGAACGACUUUGCCUCGAAUUUCAGCACUACUUGAUCGUAUCGCAAAGCUUGCGCAAAUCAUUUUUAUCCAUCAAGGGUAUCUACUAUCAAGCGAACAUCCAGGGCGAAGACGUUCUAUGGCUCGUACCGUACAAGUUCAACCAGAGGGUUGUAGGAGAUGUCGAUUUCAGGAUCAUGGGUACCUUUGUCGAAUUCUACAUGACCCUCUUAGGGUUUGUCAACUUUCGGCUAUAUACCUCAGUCGGCUUGAAAUACCCGCCAAAGUUCGACCAGGCUAAAGACGAUGCAGCCGGAGAGCUGGGCGCUUUCAGGCUUGAAGGCAAUCUUGCGACAGCCGUUUCAAACGAAGCUCCGGCGCAACUAACGAACGGAGAACCGGAAGCCGGACCAGACCCUAAGACUCAGGCUGAAGUGAACAAGCUUAUCAAGGAGAUGAGAGAAGUCGAUGUCGACGGGGAGCGAGUUGAAACUAGCGCAGAUAAAGAAGAGUCUGCGACAGACGUCAUUGACAAGUUCGAGCCUGCCGCACCGGGAGGUGAUAUACUACCCCAGCCCAGCUACUCGGGAAGCGAACCCGAGUCGCUUUUUGCAAACUGCACAUUUUAUUUAUCUCGAGAGACGCCCAGACAGCCGCUCGAAUUCAUACUCCGUGCGUUCGGUUGUAAACGUAUUGGUUGGGAUGCAGUCCUAGGUGAGGGCGCAUACACAACCAAUGAACGAGACCCAUCCAUUACUCAUCAGAUAGUUGAUCGUCCAGUUAUACAAGCUGUAACGGGAGAGGGUGGCGAUGGAGAGGACAACCAGACUUCACAGAAACUAGCAUCGAACCAAAGAAUUCCUGGUCGAAUCUACGUCCAACCGCAAUGGGUUUGGGAUAGCAUUAAUGACGGGGAAAUGAAACGACCGGACCUUUAUGCUCCUGGUGCUCAGUUGCCACCGCAUUUGAGUCCAUUCGUACAAAAUGCCCAAGGAGCGUAUGAUCCGACAAUACCACUAGAAGAGCAACAGACUGAGGGUGAGGCCCUACAGGACAGCGAAGAAGAGUCGGACGAAGAUGAGGAGGUAGACGGUGAUGAGGAUGAUGAUAAUCUUGUGGUUAAGGGGGCGGAAACUGCAGCUGACAGCAUGGAUAUCGCUCAAUCAGAUGACGAUGACGAUGAAAAUAGCGCCAAUGAUACGUUUGGCGGAUUCUCCGACGAAGCGAAAGCUGCAGAUGGAUCAGAAGACGAAGAGCAGGCCGCCGAAUUGCAAUACCAGCGUGAGCUCGAAGCCGAAUUAACGGGCAAGCCUGUUAAGCAAACCCCAUCAAAUCCUCAGUCCAAGGCCAAAGUGGAAGCGAGAAAACGACUCGCGAAGCAAGCCAAGGAGGAGGCUGAAGAGCUCGAGAGGGCAAAGGGAAUGCUUAGCAAGAAGAAGAGAAAGCUGUUUGAACAGAUGCAAUACACAAACAAUAAGAAGAGCGCAGAGGACCAAAAGCUCAGGGAGAAGAGGAGAAAACUGGAAAAGCAGAAGGCUAAGGGCAAGGCGUAAAUGGUUAUAUAGAGAUUUAUCGGAUAGCUGUUUUGAUAAUACCAUUGCAAAUGUUUCUCGUAAAUUGAUUAUGACUACCACUGAUAUUAAAAGGUGAGAAUCGAAAUAAAUCUUUAGUAGGAAUAGUAUCAUGGUCUCUCUUUUUGGAGUUUUGGAGUUUUGUGGUUCUAGUCAGUUGG